AGAGUUACCAUGCAUAACUUACACCACCAUAGGUGCCCCUCUCUAAGGUAGCCAGGGGUGGUAUUGUUAUUCUAGGGUAUGUUAAAGUGGAAAGGAGGCUCGUUUCUUGUGGAGCACUACAAAAGUAGAGUGUUAGGUAACUAGUUGCUGAGAAAGGGUACUUCCUAAGCUUUUCACCCAUGGUAAGGUGACCCAGAUGACAAGGGGGAGCCCAUCAUAUGGGUCUGCAUAAAAGGAGACAGAUCCCAUGUUCCUUCUGAAGGCAUAGCAACACCUGCAUAAAGAGCUCGGUAGAAAUGGAAAAACUAUCAUCAUUUCAUGGACUAGUGAUUGUAUUGGCCUUCUCUCAUCUAAUUGAUUUCUCUCAUGCAGUCCCUUCAACAACUUCCAUUGCUGCAGGAGCUCAAAGAAUGAUGCAGGAAACUGGAAACCAUGGGGCAGUUACUGAAACCGCUCAGGAAUAUGUCAGGAAUGAAAGGAUGGAUUUGGAUAUCAAUGACUAUCCAGGAUCAAGUGCUAAUGAUCGCCAUACUCCGAGGCCCCCAGAAAGGAGCUGACUUGGAGCUGAUUGCAAAAACUGAUCUUUUUUCUCCUCUAUCACCAUAGAUGUUGUUCUUUAUAGAUAUCUUAACAUUGAACAGUUCACUGAUGAACAUGCUACUUUAAGUCAUGGACUAAGAAUCUAAGUUCGUAUUACUCAAUUAGUUUAAUGGAGCCCAACGACAGAGUGAAUCAAGUUCUUGUUAGGACGCCCACCUAGUUUAAUAUAGGACAAGGAAAGAGCAAAUAAAGUUGUCAGCAACAGCAAAGGCCCUUUGGAUCCUUGUAAUUGGAUUGCUCCAUGUUGUAUAAUAAUGGUGAACUUUGUGUUUACAGAGAGAUAAAUUUUCAUUCUUCAAUUUGAAUGUUCUAUAAAUUUUGGGACCAUACUAAA